UUCAAAUCUUCGAUUGCACAGCCAUGUUGUUGCGCCGCGCCGCCGCCACGGGUUCCUCCAAGCUCCUCGGACGAACUGCGCUCCAAAGCAUCGUUCGAUCGCGGUACUUCAGCGACGAUGUCUUCUCCGCUCCUCGGGAAGGCAUGGACUACGACGUGCUGCUUGUCGGCGCCGGGCCAGCGAGUUUGUCAGCGGCGAUUCGCAUCAAGCAGCUUGGCCUUGAAAAAGGCACGGACCUUUCCGUGUGCGUGGUGGAAAAAGGCGCUGAAGUUGGAUCGCACAUAGUCUCAGGAAACGUGUUUGAACCGCGCGCAUUGAACGAAUUGAUCCCGGACUGGAAGGAGAAAGGCGCGCCACUCGACACCCCCGUGUCCGACGAUCGGUUCCUCAUCAUUUCCAAGGAUGGAUCGUGGAAGCUUCCGAAUUUCUUGCUGCCUCCUCAACAGCACAACCACGGCAAUUAUGUCAUCAGUUUGGGCAAGUUGACGCGGUGGUUGGGUGCCCAAGCCGAAGAAUUGGGUGUGGAAAUCUACCCUGGCUUUUCAGCGUCCGAGGUGUUGUAUCGCGAGGACGGCGGCGUGCGCGGAAUUGCUACGCGCGAUGUCGGGAUCAACAAGGAUGGUACUCCAAAGGAAACGUUUGCCCGCGGCAUGGAGCUACGGGCCCGCGUGACGUUGUUUGGCGAGGGCUGCCGCGGGUCGUGCAGCGAAGAAGUGAUGGGGAAAUUCAACUUGCGUCAACAUGUGCAGCCUCAAACGUACGGUCUCGGCAUCAAGGAAGUGUGGCGCAUCCCGAAAGACAAACAUUCUCCAGGGUUGGUGCAGCACACAUUGGGGUGGCCGCUGCAGUCGUCGCUGCUGGACAAGACGUUUGGCGGGUCGUUUCUGUACCACAUGGACGACGACUUGGUGCAAAUUGGCCUUGUUGUGGGCUUGGAUUACGAAAAUCCGUACUUGAACCCGUACGAGGAAUUCCAGCGAUUUAAAACACAUCCUGCCGUGCGCAGCCAUUUGGAAGGCGGCGAAUGCAUUGCGUAUGGAGCGCGCGUGUUGAACGAAGGCGGGUACCAUGCCAUUCCAAAGCUCACGUUUCCCGGUGGCGCGCUCAUUGGAUGCUCGGCGGGUUUCCUCAACAGCAUCAAGAUCAAGGGCUCACACACGGUCAUGAAGUCGGGCAUGUUGGCGGCCGAAGCCGCGUACGCGGCGCUGACGUCGACGGGGUUGGAGGCCGUGGCAGUGUCGAGUGUGAUUGACCAAGCCGAGCCGGUGGUCGAUAUCUCAAGCUACGAAACGGCGAUUCAAGACUCGUGGGUGUACGAAGAGCUCAAGAAGGUGCGCAACACUCACCAGUCGUUCCACUGGGGCGCGCUUCCGGGCGUGUUGUACUCUGGCUUGAGCGCGUUCAUCCUCAACGGCCUGGAGCCGUGGACGCUCGGCAACGACAAGCCCGACUCGGCCAAAACCAAACCAGCCAAGGACUUUAUGCCCAUCGAUUACCCCAAGCCGGAUGGUGUGCUCACGUUCGACUUGCUGUCCAACUUGCAACGCAGCGGCACCAACCACGCCGACCAACCGUCACAUUUGCGCAUCAAGGCUGGCAAGGAAGGCGUGCCGUCGACGGAAUCUUUUCCAGUGUUUGCCGGCCCCGAGCAGCGGUUCUGCCCUGCCAAAGUGUACGAGUACACGGAUGGCAGCGAAGCUGGGGCGAAUGGAGUGCCCCAAUUGGUCAUCAACGCGCAAAACUGCGUGCAUUGCAAGUGCUGCUCGAUCAAAAUGCCCCAAGAAUACAUCAACUGGACCGUGCCCGAAGGCGGCGGAGGCCCGGCUUACGAAGUGCUGUAAGCGGGACCUUGCAUCACUACGACCACCCGGACACUCAUUCAGUAGUAUCAUCUCGUACGUUAAAAUGCGAUUUCGUAUACGAUAGAGGACGGUAUAAUCAACGACACUUGAACGUCGGCUGGGUUCAAUAUAUACAUACUGUUAGGCAGGUUACCAUGUUGCGUUGAAGUAAUAAACAGGUGACAAGUGACUGUGAGAAGUA